GCGCCUCUGCUCGCCCGCCUCGGGCAUCCCACGAACAUGGAGGGCCUUCUUCUGGCCCGAAGAUGCCCGGGACCUUGGCGGGCGGAGGGUCCACAGCCUUUCCCGGGAGCUGUACCCUUCUCCUCUGGAAGGGAAGGCCGCCCGGGCGUUUGACGAAUUGCCGGGCAACUGGAAGCGCAGCUGGUUCAACCUGUAUCCCUUCUGGAAGGAAGGCGGCUUCCACAACGUGCACAACAUCAUGAUAGACAAGUUCCAGGCCUUUGGGCCCAUUUACCGGGAGAAACUGGGCAACUACGAGAGCGUCAACAUCAUCGACCCAGAAGACGCCGCCAUUGUCUUUAAGGCGGAAGGACUCUACCCCAGGAGGUUCAUGGUGCCCGCUUGGAAGGCCUACCGUGACUUCCGCAACAAGCCCUACGGAGUGCUUCUCAAGGAUGGAGAAGACUGGCGCCAUGACCGCCUGGUUCUAAACAAGGAAGCCCUGUCUCUCAAAGCGAUUGAGAACUUUGUGCGUCCACUGAAUGCGGUGGGAGAAGAUUUCGUCAAGAGGGUUCACGUCCAGAUCGGGCGGAGCCCACAGGGCAAGUGGACGGCCGACCUGAGCAACGAGCUCUUCCGUUUUGCCCUCGAGUCGGUGUGCAGUGUCCUCUAUGGCACGCGCCUGGGGCUCCUCCAGGAUUUCAUUGACCCGGAGAGCCAGCGUUUCAUCGACGCCAUCACCCGGAUGUUCCACACGACCUCUCCGAUGCUGUACAUCCCGCCCGCCUUUCUGCGCUGGAUCAACUCCAGCGCUUGGAAGGGUCACGUGGAGGCCUGGGACACCAUCUUCACACACGCUGACAAAUGCAUUCAGAACAUCUACCGAGACCUCCGUCUGAAACGGAAAGACAGCAGCGAAUACCCGGGCAUUUUGGCCAGCCUUUUAAUGCAGGACAAGCUGGCCGUGGAAGACAUCAAAGCCAGCGUGACGGAGAUGAUGGCCGGAGGAGUGGACACCACCUCCAUGAGUCUCCAGUGGGCCCUCCAUGAACUGGCCCGGGCGCCGUCCAUCCAGGAGCAGCUGCGGUCCGAGAUCUCUGCGGCCAAAGCCUCUUCCCAAGGAGAUCUCCUGAAGUUAUUGAAAUCGGUCCCCUUGGUCAAAGCGACGGUCAAAGAAGUGCUAAGACUCCACCCGGUUGCAGUGACGAUCCAAAGAUACAUCACCCACGAGCUUAUCCUUCAGAAUUACUUUAUUCCAGCCAAGACAUUAGUCCAGGUGGGCAUUCACGCCAUGGGCCAGGACCCCCGGUUUUUCACCCAACCCAAGCAGUUCAACCCGACGAGGUGGCUGAACCACGACUCCAAACACUUCCGAGGACUCAGCUUUGGGUUUGGGCCGCGCCAGUGCCUGGGGCGCCGGAUUGCGGAGGUGGAGAUGCAACUGUUCCUGAUCCAUAUGCUGGACAACUUCAAGGUUGAAACGAAGAGGGGCGUGGACGUGGGGACCAAAUUUGACCUCAUCCUGGUCCCAGAUAAGCCGAUCUACUUGACGCUGCGGCCUCUGAACGCCGGUCCCUGAGCAUGGAAACCCUGCGGAGGGUCCAAGCGUCCAGAGAAAGGAUCCCU